UCUCGUGUCAUUUUAUUAUCGAAAACGUCAAAAAACGUAAACAAAAAAUUAAUUUUCGAUGAAAAAUUGUAAAAAUUAUUAAAUUUCCAUCAAAAUGACGAUCCACAAUAUGUACAUUUUCGAUAAAUUUGGCACUUUGCUCUAUUACGCGGAAUGGAAUCGCAUCAAACAAAGCGGAAUAACACGAGAAGAGGAGGCAAAACUCAUGUACGGGAUGCUGUAUUCCCUUAAAUCCUUCACAUCGAAAAUGUCUCCAACGGAUUCUAAAGAGGGAUUUUUGAAUUACAAGACGAACAAAUACGCCCUUCAUUACUACGAGACAGCGACGGGAUUGAAAUUCGUACUCAACACUGAUACAGCUGCCACGGGAGUGCGAGAGCUUUUGCAGCAACUCUACGGAAAAGUUUUUGUGGAAUAUGUGAAUCGGAAUCCUUUGUGGGUGCCGGGUACGCCAAUCGAAAGUGAGCUGUUCAAAGUGAAAUUGGAUGAAUUUAUCAAGCAAAGUCCGUUGUAUAGCAGUAAAAGUAUUUAAAAAACAGAAAAAGUGUCUU